GUGCCGGCUGCUUGGGAAGUGUUGAUAUGGCGCUGCUGUGGGAGAGGAAGGGAUCCGGAGGAGCUGCGGUAGCAGGAGCCCAGGCACCGGCAGCAGCAGCAGCAACAACAGCGGUAGCUAUCCCGGCGGCUGAGCGCUAGCUGCCGGCCAAGGCCAGUGCAAGGCAGCCGCUCGCUGAACGAGUCUGCUGCUGCACCAUCGUUUGGGCUCUCAGUCUAAAGCAAGGCUCACCAUCUACUGCAUGUGAAGAGGAUCCGCCACAAUCCAAAACGUAGGCUUUAGGUACAUGGUGUGGCACUGGGGGCUGGUUGUAACCGCCCCUAAAGUUUCCCCAGUUAGUUUGUCUGUCAUAUAGAUUCUAUAUAUAUUUAUACACACACAUAUAUAUCAAGUUGUGCCAGUGUUUUUAAAUUAAAAUUCCCCUGCUGCAGGCUAGCCGAGGGUUUUCUUUUCCUCUCGUUUUUGCUUUUUUUUUAUUUGCCCUAGUUGUUUUCUGGUUACAAUUGUUUAAACCAACAUGCCUAGCAAAACCAAAUACAACUUAGUGGACGAUGGACAUGAUUUGCGUAUUCCUUUGCACAAUGAAGAAGCUUUUCAGCACGGCAUCAGUUUCGAGGCGAAGUACAUCGGGACCCUGGAUGUACCCAGGCCGAACAGCAGGGUGGAGAUCGUUGCUGCUAUGAGAAGGAUAAGGUAUGAAUUCAAAGCCAAGAAUAUCAAGAAAAAGAAAGUGAGUAUAAUGGUGUCAGUGGAUGGAGUCAAAGUGCUUCUCAGGAAGAAGAAGAAGAAGAAAGAGUGGACCUGGGAUGAGAGCAAGAUGUUGAUUAUGCAGGAUCCUAUCUACAGGAUAUUCUAUGUGUCCCAUGACUCCCAAGACCUCAAGAUCUUCAGUUACAUAGCCAGGGAUGGUUCCAGCAACAUUUUCCGAUGCAACGUCUUCAAAUCUAAAAAGAAGAGCCAAGCAAUGAGGAUAGUGCGAACUGUAGGCCAAGCCUUUGAGGUGUGCCACAAGUUGAGUCUGCUGCACACUGAGCAACCUGCAGAUGGAGAGGAUGACCAAGGAAGUGAAGAAAGUGCUGACAACAGCAGUGCCCCAGCCCAACGGCUCACUGAGGCAGAGAAAGAGGCUUCAGAGGAGACUGAUAUAGAUGCCAUCGAACCGCCCCUGCAUGAUGGCUCUGAGGCCGAUUUUAGCCGAGGUGUGACUGACUUGGAUGCAGUACGCAAGGAGCAGGAUCUUCACAAAGUCAAAAAGUUCCAUGACGAUAGUCCCAGCAUUCUCCUGGCUACUCCCAAAAUGUUGCUACCUUCAGCAAGCCAGCUGCCAUCAGGCACCCCACUCUCGGUUCAUCACCAGAUCCAGCUCCUUCAGCAGCACCUACAACAGCAACAGCAGCAGACCCAGGUGGCUGUGGCCCAGUGUUUCACAAAGGUGCUGCCUGUUAUGAUAGCUUCACAAUUGGAUUACUUCAUGUUCCCCAUUGAUCAAAGUAUGUUUGAGAAUUCUAAUACAGCUCCCACGCCCAAACGUCACCACAGUAAGGCUGUCUCAGCUAAAGGAAACCUUGCAGGCUCCUCGACGACCAUAGCUGUUGAAUCAGGCGGGCGGUUGGGCAGUGGAGGCAUCAACAGCCAGCACCUUAAGAGCGCCAUCAAUUUGGGGAAGGCCAUGGGGGCAAAGGUCAACGACCUGCUUCGGAGAAAGGAGCAAAGCACUGCGAUGGAAGUGGGCAUGACCGAGGUCAACAAGAAUGCGGAGGGGGCCGUUUCAGUGGCGGGCAAGGACGACAAAGGAGCUGCGGCCAACAAUGGAAUACAAGGCAUUUUGGAUACCUUCCCUCGGUUAGAGCCGCCACCACCAACGGUCAAAAAGAGGACACCUCGAGCUUUGAAGACUACUCAGGACAUGAUGAUAUCAUCGGUGCCAGUGGUUAACAGCACUGAGGAUUCCGAUCCAGCUACAGUAAGCUCUGUAGAAACAACGCUGCGAAAGACUGGUACCACUGAAAGUACAGCCAACAGUGUCAAAACUGCCCUCACGAGCAGCGCGGACAACCUAACUUCUGAACACACUGCUGAGGCCAAGUCAGAGCGUGAGCUUUGUAGCACACUGGACUUUGCCACGCCUGCCCUUUCUGUUCCUGACCUUCUCAACAAGGAACCUGUGGACAUUAAACUCAGGCCACCUGGCCAUGAGAAACACAUGGCGUCUUCCCCACAUCCAGACAAGGCUUGCUUACGAAUCAGCAUUAGUGAAGAUGACCUUUUAGGGAAUGACUCUGAAGACUCUGGAGUGCCACAGCAAAGAUGCUCAAGUAUUGAAAAUGAGGAGCCCCAUCCAGAUUUGCUAUCAUUUGACUAGGCAGCUCUGGGGAUCUUGCUUCAGUGAUUAAAACUGGAACUGCAGAAUGCCUUGCCAUUGAAUAGUUUCAAAAGGGAGAAAAUUCAUUGUCAUGUGCUUUUAGCCUUUUCCAAAGUUUCACAUCUGCUCUCGUGACCUUUAUCCUUCUCAAAUUCAUUUCUGCCCUAGGGAGUUUGGUGUCACGAAUGAAGGGCGUACAAUUAGUUGUGUAGCCCGGCUUUGAGCUGGAGGUAUAAAUAGUUUGAUAAGCCAACUUUACUCUUCAUCAUAGGACAGCCACCAAUCACUGAUGCUGUUUUUCAUAGAGUAAAUUGUCCAGCAUGUACUUGGAACCUUAUGAGAAGGCUAGAGCAGAAUGCAGGCAGUUAAUGGAACUGGGCCUUGAAUUUACACUUGAGCACAAAUGGCUAAUGCAUUUGCCAUAACUACUUCUGUCCUAUAUUUAACAGCGCAAUUAACCUAUUUAUUUUAAACAAGUUAAACCCUCUGGCAAAAUAGCAGAGAGACUAAGUUUGGACCAACCUAUCAACCAUUCAUACCUCCUAUUUUGCAAUGUAAUCUCAAGGCCUAAGUUUAUCGAUGAUUAAUGGUAUAAAACUCAAUAAAUCCAGAUAGAGUUUUGCUCACCAAAGUGACUAAUAACCUUUCACCAUAUGCAAAGCAACAUUAAGUGCCUGAAGCAAGCCAUGUGCACUUGGAACAUUGCCUUGGUGAAAUCUUGUUUUGUUAACACCUCAUGACGUAUUUUUUCAUUCAAAUGCUUUUUUACAAAUUGACUGCAAAAUGAAGUAAAAAAAAAAAUUAUCUUUUGGGAGUCCUAUGUAGAACAUUUGCAAAAAUGAGUGUUGGAAUCUUAAAAUCAAAACAAGGGAAACUGUAUGCAAGGAAUAUACAGUGAAUUGUAAUUUUAAAAUGAAAGGUAAUGUAGUUUUUUAGGAAAAAAGAAUUUAUUUUAGAUUAAUAUUACUGCAUCACUGACUAAAUCAAAUGAAUUUUUAUAAAGUACGUAAGUUUAUUAAUCAGUCUAAAUGUCAUAUUGCCUUAAUAAUCUGUUUGAAGAAGCUUAUCCUUUUUUAGGAAGUGGAUUGUUUUCAGAUAUCAUGAUUUGCUUACUUGUUAAUUGUCUGUCUAUCAGAUAGCUGCUCCCCCUCCUAAUUGACCCCACACUCAGACUAACUUAUAUUAUGCUGCUGACCAGAAUUCCAGUCUAGAAAGGAAUUAUUUCCAAAGGUAUUUCAGUGAAGAGAAAUUUUACUUUUACUGUUUAUUUUAAUUACUUCUUACUCAGAACAUAGCAAAGUUUCAAUAACAGAAUAAGGCAAUUCCUCUCUCUCACCACACCCUCCUCUACCCCCGUCUCAUAUUCACAGCAUAGCCCACUUUGUAUUUGCUAACUAAGAUGGCAAGGAUGAAAAGGCAAUUAUGGAUUCAUUGUGAGUUUCAGCACGUUUGCGCUUCUGGGUAAAUGUUAAAACCCACACUGCAUGGACUAUUGCUCUGAGAGGGAAAGAUUUUGUUCUUGUUUUAAUGUCACUUAUAUUCAUUACUCACAAAUUGUGGUGGGAGGUUAGGGGAUUAGCCUUGGUACAGUUAUCUGCCAACAAUGUCAGCCUUCUGAAAAACUAUAAUCUACUGAUAUUUGUAGAAAUAAUCUCAAACUUUGAUUGCAUUUUCGUAAAUAUUGUUUUAUUCAAAUGCAAAUGUUAACACUUCAAAUCUUUAGCAUUUGUAUGCAUUAUUUUAUAAACCAAAAUCCUUAAAAAUGAAUUUAUAAUGUUUUGUGGUUUCCUUUCAAAUUUUAAUGUAGGUGUUUGCAGUUUCUCUUUUCCUGUAAUACUUUGAUAUUUUUAUUCAUUCCUGCCUUGAUUUGCUCAGAUUAGUAUGCCACUGAGAGUUUGCAAGCCCACAUUCUUUGUAUUUCACUGCCAUAUGCGUUUAUAUUGUAUAAUUGACAGACUGCACCUGUGCAAGAGAGUACGGAAAUAUUAUUCAUUAAAUUUC